CCAACUGCUUAGGGAUAGCCCAGCAGGCUCACUUGUCCAUGAGCUUAGAGAGAGCAGGAUGUUCUCUUUGCUGUUGUUGGACGACUGGAGACUCAGGUCUCAAGAAAGAUAAGAGCGAGGACCAUGGAGGGAUCUGGAAAUUCAUGAUUUUUUCUUGCCUCCAAUGCCUCUGGCCAUUUGCCCAGGAGGAAACAGACUUGACACAGGACAGCCAGGCACAGGACCAUGCAGACAAGGGUGAACAUGAGUGUACCUCAAAGAACAUGAAAGAGGCCUGUAAAGAGUCUCGCAUCACAGCAGACAUGGUGAAAAAGCUGGUGAACCACCUGGUACCAUCCCUGCUGGACGGAGACCCCUGCUUUGCCACCGACUUCCUGUACUUCUACAGAAGUUUCACUACCACACGGCAUGUGGUGGAUCUCCUGUUGAAACGGUAUGCAUAUUUCCGCCCAGAUUGCAAAGAGGAUGAACAAGUAAAGAGAAUGCUCUGUACUUUCCUUGACAUAUGGAUAGACAAAUACCCUGAGGAGUUUUGUCAGACCUCAGACCUGUCUAUUCUGAGAAAGCUAAAGGCCUACCUGAUUGUGAACAUGCCCUACUCUGAUCUGAAUCUUCGUGUCCAUCUGCUUCUCGUGGAUUUGCAAGGAGUCAGAGAGAGCCAAUGAAGAAGACUCAGGCUGAGAGAAGAUCUCAUGUUCGCUAUCUUGUCUCUUGCAUCCCACCACCACUUCUCCACAAGCCUGCAUUUGCUUCAGAAUUGUCUUCAUCCUCAGAUCCGGGGAGUCACACAUCUGGAGAUUCAGAGAUUGAAGUUUCUUUUCCAUCAGUGAAACUACAGCCAGAACCAGCUUGUUCACCAGAGACAGAGAGCCCCAAAUCCACCAGAAUGUUCUGCCAUUAGAACUAGCAGUCAGCCCAACAACCUGCUAGCAGCUGUGGAACCUGUGUCUCACCAUGUCAUCAGACACAGUGGUCUUUGAACAUCUUGCCUUUGUGCAGUGGGUCUACCUCCUUAGCGAAUGACCCUGUCACCCCCUAUCACCAAUAAGGGUCUCUGUGUUCAGACAGUAUCCAACUGAAUCACUUCCUGAUUACAGUGAAACAGCUCUCCCUACCCUGCAUCCAGCUCUCACAUCUCCCUUAGAAAUAGCCUUUUUACUCUUGUGAUUUUUUUCAAUGAUUCAUGUUAUUGUUAGUUUAAAUAAAUUGUUAGCAUUUGUUUUACUCCCU